CACCACUUUAGCCGAAGCUCAGGUACUCCUAAUUCUCAAUCUAUGAUCAUGAAAACGGCGACACAACGGUGACCAGGCCUUAUCUGACGCCAGCACUUCAUUCGCCAUUUAAAGUUCUUCGAUGCAUACUUCCCUGCUCUAGGCUGACAGCAAGGUACUGAUAGUGACGAUCUCUGACGUAGACGUGCGCGGGGCACCCCUGAAAUCGAUACAUCACGAUGCUGCUGACGACUCAUACCCAAAUGCGAGAACGGAGCGUCACGCAGAGCGCUCACAUUAAAGGAUGAUGGUCAUACUUUCCUGUCCACUUCGAUUGGUUUCUUGCCUUGUGGUACGACAUAUUCAUGUGGACAUUCUAGCAUCAUGUUUGCCAAGCUCGUACCGAACUAUGUGAUCGCUUCCAUCGCGGUUGCGAUAGGUGGAUUCCUCAAUGGAUACGACACCGGCUCUAUAGGCGCGAUCAUGGAGAUGGAUGAGUUCAAGAAAGCAGUUGGGCAUCUGUCUCCGUUUCUGGUCGGUUUCACCGUAUCGCUAAUUAUGCUCACUGCCGCCAUCCCAUCUAUCUUCGCAGGCCAGCUUGCAGACUCUUUGGGAAGGAUUAAAGUCAUCUCGUUGGGUGCUUUGCUGUUUGGUAUUGGGGCAGCUAUCGAAGGCAGCUCGAAUGGCCUGCCUCAGUUCCUCGUCGGCCGGGCUAUUGCAGGCUUGGGCGAGGGUGUAUACCUCAGUAAUGUGAGUGUGUAUAUCUGCGAAAUCGCGCCUUAUAAGCACCGCGGUAUCCUGGCGGGCUUACCACAAUUCAUGGCGACGGCCGGUGUAUGUAUAGGGUACUUCACGUGCUAUGGCACGAUUGCCAUCCAGUCGACCCUUGCUUGGCGUGUACCAUACAUCAUCCAGUGCCUUCUCACCAUCCUGUUCAUCGCCAGCUGUAUCAUCUUGCCAGACUCUCCACGGUGGCUGAUGACGCAUGGAAGGAGACAGGAAGCACUGACUGCUCUGAGCAAACUGGACUUCUCGAUGGUCGAAGCAGAACGAGACUUCCUCACAGUUACCGAACAGAGGAGUAGCCUUUCGCCAUGGCAAAGCUUUUUGUUACUAUUCAGGCGAGGUUACAGGUCGAGAACUAUCCUGGCGCUUUUCAUCCUGGGAAUGGUACAGUUGUCUGGGAUUGAUGGUGUGCUCUAUUAUGCUCCUGUCCUCUUCUCGCAAGCCGGGCUAUCGUCAUCAACUGCUUCUUUCUUGGCUUCUGGAGUGUCUGCUAUCUUGAUGCUUGCCAUCUCGAUUCCUGCUUUCUUGCUCGCCGACAAAUGGGGCAGACGAACUUCCGCUAUAACAGGUGGUAUCGGAUUAUCAGGCCUCAUGCUGCUGAUUGGUACGCUGUACGCGGCUGGCGUUGUUCACUCUUAUGGCGUCGCUCGAUGGGUUGUUAUCGUGUGCGUCUUCGCGUUUGGCCUGACCUACUGCGCAACUUGGGGUAUUGUUGGUAAGAUCUAUGCGAGCGAGAUCCAGCCCUCCAAUACUCGCGCUGCCGCCAACUGUGUGGCACAAGGUCUUGGUUUCUUCACGAAUUGGCUGGUGGCUAUCCUGACACCUAUUCUGCUUGACAAGUCAGCGUUCGGUGCCUACUUUCUAUUUGGCGGUCUUGCCCUCGGCACUGUUGCUGUUCUUGCAGCUUACAUGCCGGAAACACGCGGGCGAACACUUGAGGAGAUACAGCACGCAUUUCAUCAACCUGGCUUGAAGAGUUUGACUAGAAUCGUUCGCCGCAGAGCACGCCGUGAUCCGGGGCACAGUAGUCAAGCUAUAGAGAUGGACACUCCACUACCCACAACAGUUGCUGAAGCUUCUGGACGGGGAUCACUCACCGGGCUCCGUUUGAACAUCGGUGCAGUUUAAACAGAUCGU